CUAGUUCAUUGAAAGCUGUCAGCCCCCUCAGGGUGGUGGUUCCUCCCAAUAUGAAUCUUUUCAACUUGGACCGUUUUCGCUUUGAGAAAAGGAGUAAGAUUGAGGAAGCUCCCGAAGCAGCCCCUCAGCCCUCCCAGGCCCGUCCUUCGUCACCAAUUUCUCUUAGUGCUGAAGAGGAGAAUGCUGAAGGGGAAGGUAGCAGGGCAAACACCCCAGACUCAGAUGUAACUGAGAAAACAGAAGAUUCUAGUGUUCCAGAACCUCCAGACAAUGAAAGAAAAGCAAGUUUAUCAUGUUUCCAAAAUCAAAGAGCAAUACAGGAGUAUAUUGAUUUAUCAUCUGAUAGUGAAGAUGUUUCUCCAAAUUGUUCCAGUACAGUUCAAGAGAAAAAAUUCAGCAAAGACACAGUGAUUAUAGUUUGAUUGAAUCAACAAGCACUAUGGAUGGAGCUAUUGCUGCUGCCUUGCUGAUGUUUGGUGAUGCAGGUGGUGGACCCAGGAAAAGAAAAUUAUCUUCUUCUUCUGAGGAGGAUGAAGUUAAUGAUGAUCAGUCUGUAAAAAAGCCACGAGGGGAUCGUGGAGAAGAAUCAAAUGAGUCUGCAGAAGCCAGCAGCAACUGGGAAAAGCAAGAAAGUAUUGUGUUGAAAUUGCAAAAGGAAUUCCCAAAUUUUGAUAAACAGGAAUUAAGAGAAGUGCUUAAAGAGCAUGAGUGGAUGUACACAGAAGCCUUGGAGUCUCUGAAAGUGUUUGCGGAAGAUCAAGAUGUGCAGUGUGCUUCACAAAGUGAAGCUACAAAUGGAAAAGAAGUUGCAAGGAAUCAAAAUUAUUCUAAAAAUGCAACUAAAAUAAAAAUGAAACAGAAAAUUUCCAUGAAACCACAAAAUGGCUUUAACAAGAAACGUAAGAAAAAUGUAUUUAAUCCUAAGAAAGCCGUAGAGGACUCUGAGUAUGAUUCAGGUUCUGAUGCUGGGAGCUCACUGGAUGAGGACUACAGCAGUUGUGAAGAAGUGAUGGAAGACGGCUAUAAAGGCAAAAUUCUUCACUUCCUUCAAGUUUCUUCAAUUGCUGAGCUGACUUUGAUUCCUAAGUGUUCUCAGAAAAAGGCUCAGAAAAUAACAGAACUCCGGCCCUUUAAUAAUUGGGAAGCUCUGUUUACAAAGAUGUCUAAAAUCAAUGGCCUAUCUGAAGAUUUGAUAUGGAAUUGCAAAACGGUAAUUCAAGAAAGGGACGUAGUUAUAAGACUUAUGAACAAAUGUGAGGACAUUUCAAAUAAACUGACCAAACAAGUCACGAUGCUCACCGGGAACGGAGGCGGAUGGAACAGAGAGCAGCCCUCCCUUCUAAACCAAAGUUUGUCACUCAAGCCCUAUCAGAAGGUUGGAUUGAAUUGGCUGGCGUUGGUGCAUAAGCAUGGACUUAAUGGCAUUUUGGCAGAUGAAAUGGGCCUAGGAAAAACCAUUCAAGCCAUUGCAUUCCUGGCAUACCUCUUUCAAGAGGGUAAUAAAGGGCCUCAUUUGAUUGUUGUUCCAGCCUCCACCAUAGAUAACUGGUUAAGAGAAGUUAACUUAUGGUGCCCCAGUUUAAAUGUGCUCUGCUACUAUGGUUCUCAAGAAGAGCGUAAACAAAUUAGAUUCAAUAUCCAUAAUAAAUAUGAGGAUUACAAUGUAAUUGUUACAACGUAUAAUUGUGCAAUUAGCAGCUCUGAUGACCGCAGUCUCUUUCGACGACUGAAACUGAAUUAUGCAAUUUUUGAUGAAGGCCAUAUGCUGAAGAAUAUGGGCUCUAUCCGCUACCAACAUCUAAUGACAAUUAAUGCACGUAACCGUUUAUUGCUCACAGGCACACCUGUGCAGAAUAAUCUGCUAGAACUCAUGUCAUUGUUGAAUUUUGUUAUGCCACACAUGUUUAGCAGUAGCACCAGUGAAAUCCGAAGGAUGUUUUCUUCUAAAACGAAACCAGCAGAUGAGCAGAGUAUAUACGAAAAGGAGAGAAUAGCCCACGCGAAGCAAAUCAUAAAGCCCUUCAUCCUCAGGAGAGUGAAAGAGGAGGUUCUUAAGCUCCUGCCUCCCAAGAAGGAUCGGAUCGAGCUAUGUGCGAUGUCAGAGAAGCAGGAGCAGCUCUACUCGGGCCUUUUCAACAGAUUGAAAAAGUCUAUCAACAACCUGGAAAAAAACACAGAGAUGUGCAAUGUCAUGAUGCAAUUGAGAAAAAUGGCCAAUCACCCUUUACUACACCGCCAGUAUUACACACCUGAGAAACUGAAGGAGAUGUCUCAGCUAAUGCUGAAGGAACCUACGCAUUGUGAGGCUAACCCUGACCUGAUCUUUGAAGACAUGGAAGUUAUGACAGAUUUUGAACUACAUGUACUUUGUAAACAGUAUCAACACAUUAAUAGCUACCAGUUAGACAUGGAUUUAAUUUUAGAUUCUGGGAAAUUCCGAGCCUUAGGAUGCAUCUUGUCUGAGUUGAAACAGAAGGGUGAUAGAGUUGUAUUAUUCAGCCAGUUCACCAUGAUGCUGGAUAUAUUAGAGGUUCUCUUAAAGCAUCAUCAACAUAGGUACCUCCGAUUAGAUGGAAAGACUCAGAUUUCUGAAAGGAUUCAUCUAAUUGAUGAGUUUAAUACAGAUAUGGAUAUCUUUGUAUUUCUCUUGUCAACUAAAGCUGGUGGAUUAGGAAUAAAUCUUACUUCAGCAAAUGUUGUUAUACUUCAUGACAUUGAUUGCAAUCCAUACAAUGACAAACAAGCAGAAGACAGGUGCCAUAGAGUUGGUCAGACUAAAGAAGUAUUAGUUAUUAAAUUAAUAAGCCAAGGAACUAUUGAAGAGUCCAUGCUAAAAAUUAACCAACAAAAGUUGAAACUAGAACAAGACAUGACUACAGUAGAUGAAGCUGAUGAAGGAAGUAUGCCAGCAGAUAUAGCCACAUUACUAAAAACAUCAAUGGGCCUGUGAAAGGAGAGCGCGAAAGUCCUGAUUGAUGAGGAAAUAUCAACUUGGUGCAUUCAAGGACAUUCACAUCACGGUGACCAUGGGGUUUAGGAGCAUUUGUAAUUUUUUAUAAUUUCAUGUUGCAUUUCACAUAGUAUGGACAACUUUUUGCCACUAACUGGAUUCUCCAGAUACUCACAUCCUGAAAAUGUUGAAUAAUCAUUUUUCAAAGCAGUUUUCUGAAUGGGGAUUAGUUGGUGAUUGUUUGUAACAAAUAUGCUAAUGCUUUAGAAAUGUCAGUAUUUUUGUAAUUAUUUCUACCUCCAAAUAUAUAUACAUAUAUAUAUAUAGUGUCUUUCACUGGAUAAUGUGUGUAGAUUUACAUGUGCCUUAUUUGACAAUGUUUAUGUCUUGUUUUGCCUGUCUGAUUUGAAGUUUUUAUUAUGUUAAAGAAUGCAGCUGUAUAGGUUGUUCAGUCUUCAUUUUAUUGCUAUUUGAUGCAGAUGUUCACCAAUGUCAGUAAGAACUCAGCCUGAAUCACAAGGUGGCAUUCCAUCCACUAACGUCCCCAGGUCCUCUUCUUCCUCCUGUUAGAACACAUUUGUUUGGCUAAGCACUAAGUUGUUUUCCAGUGAGUAGGAACUGAAGCCUUUCUCCUGCUCUGGGGGUCAGUUCCUUCUUUCAUUUUCUUAGUGCACCUCUGGCUCAUUAACUCUGCCUUCUCUUGUGUGUGUUGCUAUCAGCUUCCUCUCCCGCUUUUGCUUCUCUUAACCAUUGCCCAGUCACUUCUGCUCCAGUUUUCUCUUACACAUUUCCUUCUGCUGUAUCACCAAGAUCAGCAGAUGUUGGUGGCAUAUUUCUAGUCCAGCAGAACAGAUUAAUUUAAAGAUACUUUCACUUCAAAGGAAACUGGAUGUGACUUCAUACCAAGGUAACGUUAGAUACUGCAUGAAAAUAGGUCAUUAACUUUAAAUUCUUUACAAAAUAUAAUUUACCAGUUCCCAGGAUUUCCAAUAUAGAACCACCUGAAGAGAAGCCAUUGUUCAAUUCCAGUUCAGUGUGGGUGACAAAGUGAAAUUUAGAAGUAAAAUUGUCUAUUUGAUAUUUCAGUCUUUAUUAACUUUUCAUUUAAAUUUUGCCUGUCAGUCUAUAUUGCUGUUUUUAUUAUACAUCAGAUUCUUUGUAUAACUUGUGAGUUUUAUGUGCUUUGUUUUAUAAUGUAAAUAUCAUUAUAAAUAAACUUAUUUAUAAAUGA